AUGGGUAUGGUGUUGAAUGACCAGAACGAGCUACUACGGUCACAGCUGGAGCAGUCGCAGUCCCAGACAGAGGCAUUGUCUAUAAUCCUUCAAGCUAUGGAUCGACCGUUGUCUAUGACAGCUCCUGCAGCGGCCCCCGGCACGCCGUCCAGUAAGCUACUUCCUAAGCUCUCCAGCAGCGUAACACAGGAUGCCCUCAAGUAUAUGGCAACAGACCCUCUCCUGGUUGAGAGCCAAGUGUCUCUCCACUAUCAGUAUGAGAUGUCCGAGGGCAUUGGUCUGCAUGAAGCAGAGGCUCGACUUCAAACUCGGAAAUCCGAAUAUCCGCACGAUUAA